AUGCCGAUUUCGCACAGCUCUCUCUCCACCGGCGCCGCUUCCGCGGAAAUUGGAGAGCCGGCGCAAUUCUCGACGCGGCCCGGGAUAAGCGGUUAUGACGGACCGCGGCUGGCGGGAGAAUCGGCGACCCCAGAGUGGCUGGACCGGGACGCGCUGCAUGAGUUGGAGGAGCGACUCGAGGAUCUGAUUGGCGGCGAGCCUCUCGGAAUCGACGGCCAUGAUGAUGUCAAUGAUGGCGCGUUGGAAGCUGACGGUUGGGAAUCGCCGGGACCUACUAAUUAUGGCGACAAGGAUGAAACUGAAUGUGGCGGGUUGGCUGGAGCGACGGACGAGAACGCGAUCGCCGCGAAUCGGGAGCGGGAAGUCGGCGUGAGGUCGAAGAUCGGCGGCGUUACCCGGAGCAGCAGCAGCAGCGGCAGCGCCGGCGACCGCGGCUCCAUCCGCAGAAACGAUUGCGGCAGCAGCGAAGAGUUUGGUGGUGCGGAGGGUGACGCGACGCCGGUGCGGAGGAGAUCGCUGGGGGGAAAUCCGAUCGUACCAAAUCUGACCGUGGCUCAGGACGGAUCGGGAGACGUCACUAACCUCCAAGACGCGGUGAGGAUGAUCAACAGCGACAUGAGCGGGUCGUGGUACAUAGUGCAGCUGAAGCCGGGGCGGUACGUGGGCAACGUGGAGGUGGAGCGUGCAAACGUGGUGCUGCUAGGCAGCGGUGCACGGCGCACGGUCAUCACAGGGAACCGCAGCAAUGGCGCUGGCUUCGAAACGUGGGAUACGCCUUCCUUUGCGGUGGCGGGAAACAACUUUGUGGCAGUGGGUAUUCGCUUUGAGAACACCGCACCGGCGAGCAUGGAGGCAGCAGUGGCGUUCCGAUCAGCUGGGGACAAAACCAUUGCAUACCGCUGUGUCUUUUCUGGCUUCCAGGACACCCUGAACGCGCACCGCGGGCGGCAGUACUACCGCAACUGUGCCAUCUAUGGCCACGUGGAUUUCAUCUACGGUCGCCACGGCGCGGCCGUCUUUGACCGCUGCCGCAUCAUCCCCGUAGCGCGCCCGGGGGAGAACGGCCCCGCCACCAUCGCCACACACGGCGGAGAGACACGGUCGAAGCGUGAAGGCGGGUUCGUUUUUUACCGCUGCUGGAUUGCUGCGAACGCCCCGGGGGUGGCGGUGUAUCUGGGGAGGCCGUGGAGAGCGCGCGCCCGUGUCGUGUAUAUGUUUAGCUACCUGUCAAGUGCUGUCCUUCCCGAGGGAUGGGUUCCCUGGCCUGGGGAGAACUUUGGGCCGAAGGCUUUCCUGGGAGAGUAUCAGAACAGGGGGCCAGGUGCGGGGAUGAGUGGGCGUGCGAGGUGGGUUCGGCCCGGGUUGCUGAGUGAAGCACAGGCGGGUCCGUUCAUGCCUGAAGCGUUUAUUCGGGGUAGCCGGUGGGUGCGCAGUACACCUGUGGAGAUCGUGUACCCUUGA